UUUAUACAAUUGUGCAACCAAUUAUUAAGCAUAUGUAAAAAUUAAAUUUGACAGUAAGAAAAUUUUGCCAGGCUGUGGAUCUAGUAGGUAGCUUUCUUGUUCACCAAGGCGUUGCAUUUUUCAAUUUUUUGUUGUGCAAAAUGUUGUUAUUUUAUUACAAAUUGUAAGUGAAAACUUGUACAGAUUUCUGUUCCACUUCAAUUAACAGCAUAAGUCUUUGCCCUCCAAAAUGGCAUUGGCGAGAAUAGCUAGAAACGGUUGCCAACAAUCUGGAGGUGCCACGGGUAGAUAUGCUAGAAUACGGGACAUGAUCCGUGAGGAGUCAUCGUCCGUGAGCAAGUCCCACUCCCCUUUCAAUGGGAGCUUCACAGCUUUCCAGCAACAUGUUAAACCUCGCAGCAAUCUUCCGUUUUUCUCAAGCAUUGGCAGGUUUCCUGCAGCAAGUUUUGGCAGUAGGGGGUUGAGGAUGACCCCUCAUUAUGAAUAUGCUCAUGCACAAGCGGCAGUCGAGGAAUCUGAUUCAGAAUAUGAGAAUCUAAAGUAUCCUACUCUUGAAGCAACAAAGCCCGGUGAAAAGCCUCGAGUUGUUGUUAUUGGCAGUGGGUGGGCCGCAUGUAGGUUUCUUAAAGGCCUCAACACCAAGCUAUAUGAUGUUGUUUGUAUAUCGCCAAGGAACCAUAUGGUGUUUACACCUUUGCUUGCCUCAACUUGUGUUGGAACCUUGGAAUUCCGUUCGGUAGCAGAGCCUGUUAGUCAGAUACAGACAGCAUUGGCGAAGGAUCCGAAUUCAUAUUUUUUCCUUGCUUCGUGCAAUGGUCUAGACACGGACAAGCGUGAAGUGUUCUGUGAGACAGCAGUUGAUGGUGAAGAAACAUACCAAUUCAAAGUUGCAUAUGACAAACUGGUAAUUGCUUCUGGAGCUGAACCAUUGACCUUCGGCAUCAAAGGAGUCCAUGAACAUGCUUUUUUUCUUCGAGAAGUGUCUCAUGCCCAAGAAAUAAGGAAGAGGCUUCUCCUAAACCUGAUGCUCUCUGAAAAUCCAGGCAUGUCAGAGGAAGAAAAGGAGAGGCUACUGCACUGUGUUGUUAUCGGUGGUGGACCUACCGGUGUGGAAUUCAGCGGAGAAUUGAGUGAUUUUAUAAUGAGAGAUGUCCGGCAGAGGUAUGCUCAUGUCAAGAACUACAUAAAAGUAACACUCAUUGAGGCGAAUGAGAUUCUAUCAUCAUUUGAUGUGGGAUUAAGGCAAUAUGCAACAAAGCACUUGACAAAGUGUGGAGUGCGCCUUGUGCGUGGUGUCGUUAAAGAGGUGCACCCGAACAAGAUAGUUCUUAGCGAUGGAAGUGAUGUUCCUUAUGGCCUCCUUGUUUGGUCCACCGGAGUCGGUCCCUCAGAAUUUGUAAACUCGUUAUCCCUCCCCAAGGCUCUCGGCGGCAGGAUCGGCAUUGAUGAAUGGCUUCGAGUCUCAUCUGUGGAAGAUGUGUUUGCCAUUGGCGACUGCGCUGGAUUUGUUGAAGGGGUUGGGCGGCCAGUGCUUCCCGCUUUAGCUCAGGUUGCGGAGCGGCAAGGGAAGUAUCUAGUUGAGCUGUUCAACAGAAUGGGGAAAGAGGGAGGUGGUAAGGCCUCUUUUGGCAAAGAUGUUCCUCUAGGUGACCCGUUCGUCUACAAGCAUCUCGGAAGCAUGGCAUCUGUAGGCCGCUACAAGGCCUUGGUCGAUCUCCGCCAGUCCAAGGAUGCUAAGGGUUUAUCACUAGCUGGCUUCUUAAGCUGGUUCAUCUGGCGCUCGGCCUAUCUCACACGAGUAAUCAGCUGGAGAAACAGAUUUUAUGUUGCUAUCAACUGGGCGACCACACUUGUUUUCGGCCGAGACAAUUCCAGGAUCUAA